CCGCCCUCGAGGUGCCCCGCUCAGAGGAAUGGAACCUGCUUUCGGGGAAGUGAACCAGCUCGGAGGGGUGUUUGUCAACGGGAGACCCCUGCCCAAUGCCAUCAGGUUGCGGAUUGUGGAACUGGCACAACUGGGUAUCAGACCGUGCGACAUUAGCCGGCAGCUCCGCGUUUCUCACGGCUGUGUCAGCAAAAUCCUGGCUCGCUACAACGAGACCGGCUCCAUCCUACCGGGGGCUAUCGGAGGCAGCAAGCCUCGGGUCACCACUCCCACGGUGGUAAAACAUAUCCGGACCUACAAACAAAGGGAUCCGGGCAUCUUCGCCUGGGAGAUCCGGGAUCGCCUGCUGGCCGAUGGCGUAUGUGACAAGUACAACGUGCCGUCGGUCAGCUCCAUCAGCCGCAUCCUCCGGAACAAAAUCGGGAACCUCUCUCAGCAGAGUCACUACGAGUCCUACAAGCAGCACCAGCCGCCCCCACAGCCUGCUCUGCCCUACAACCACAUCUACCCCUAUCCCAGCCCCAUCGCUGCUGCAGGAGCCAAGGUGUCCACCCCUCCCGGGGUUCCGGCGAUCCCCAGCACCAUGGCCAUGCCCAGGACGUGGCCGUCCUCUCACUCAGUGACGGACAUCCUGGGGAUCCGGUCCAUCACAGACCAAGUGAGCGACACUUCGCCUUACCCCAGCCCCAAGGUGGAGGAAUGGAGCAGCCUGGGCCGAAACAGCUUCCACCCGCCGGCCCAGCACUCCGUGAACGGGUUGGAGAAGAGCUCCCUUGAGCAGGAGGCCAAGUACAGCCAGGCACCCAAUGGCCUCCCAGCUGUCAGCAGUUUUGUGUCGGCACCAGCCAUGCCUCCCUAUGCCACACCAGCCCAAGUGUCACCUUACAUGACGUACAGCGCCACUCCAUCUAGCUAUAUGGCAACCCAUGGCUGGCAGCACGCUGGAGGCACCCCGUUGUCCCCUCACAGUUGCGAUAUCCCUGCCUCGCUGGCGUUCAAGGGCAUGCAGACAGCCAGGGAGGGGAGCCACUCUGUCACAGCCUCUGCUCUCUGA